AUGGCAGGCAAAAUCCCCCUGAAGCUCCAGAUCGCCAUCCGCGACGUUUGGGACAAGGAGACGGCGCCCGUCCAAGUCGCCCGCGCGAACCUCCACAAGGUCCUGGGCUGCGCUGUCACGAUUAACCCGGAGUGGAUACAGCUGCUGGGCGACCUGGACAAGGUCUACCCAGACAAGCAGUCGCUGGCGACAGCUGUGGCGGGCUGCGUCGAGCUGUGGUGCAAGGUGUUUGCGGAGCUGCUGGAGGGCGUGGACGAUGCGGACACGGCGCAGCAAGAGUGGGCAGAGACGCUGAUGGACCGGUUGCAGCCGCCGAUUGGUCUGCGGCUGUUUGUGACGGUGACGGGCUCGGAUGCGUCGCUGCCUGUCGUGAAGGAGCUCGGCACGGCAUGGUCCGACGACCGGUCGUCGUUCUUGCUGUACCUCCCGCACAACCGGCCCGUGACGGUGCCUGGGGAGUUUGCGGCGGUGUACCGCGGCGGCCUGCUGGCCUGUUUUAAGGAGAAGGAGCCGGCCGGACCGAGCUUGGCGGUCCGUUCUGCUGCGGCCGCAGGUGGCAGCGGCGACGACUGGGCGGAUGUCGCAAUGGACGCGGCGACGGGCAAGGCGGGCGUGGUGGAAACGGCCACAGGCGCCGAGGUGGCGAUUCCCAAGCUCGAGUACUUGCCUUCGCUGGAGUCGCUGCCCCGGCCCGAUGAGCUGUUUUUGCGGCCGCCGUACCACAUCAUCGUGGCCGACUACGGCAAGAAGAAGAUUGUCGUCCAGGGCAGCCACAGUCCCUCGCUGAAACUGCUUGGCGAGUAUAUGAAGCGAUGGUGCCGGAUCAACCACCAUGACUCGCGCCAGCCGCCGGCGGUGGCGGUGGAGUUCAACCAGUCGUGCUGGGGUACGAGCCCAAUGCACGACCAGGUGACGCUGACGUCGGAGGCAAACAAUAUUUUCCAGUUCAAUCCGGCGAUCGUGCUGGCAUUUAUCGAAGGCGUGCUGGGAUACGACAAGGUGUCGACAGAGCAAGGUAUCUGGACGUUCCGGCGGACGGUGCCGUUCAAGGGCUAG